CACCAAUCACCACAUGCCAAUAUACGACUUUGAACUUCACCAUCUCAAGACGUACGCAUCACAUUCAUUAACAUUAGCAAGUUGUUUCUAACAGGUUUUGCUGGUACAGAACCAGUAAAGUGCACAUUUUCGUGGCUGAAAAAGGAAUAGGGAAUUGUGUCAGAAUAUGAAAUGUAUGUAGCUACUUUUAUUAUAUGAGAAAAUGGAAAAUGGAUCUACAUAUCGGGUUUAAGGAGAAAUAACAGCAUUUUGACAACUGCUGACGCUUUAUGUAGCCUGAAAGACAAGAUUGAGGGUAAAACUCAAAAAUUAAAAAAAAGUGAAGUGCCUUUAGCUGUCUAAAGAUUUUGCCUAACUAAAAAUACAAAACUUCAUAACUUCAUUCGUUUGCAUUGACCUUUAGUCAGCAUUGAGUUUGUUUAUAGGGAUAAACAACAUGCAUGGUAACGCUUUUUAAUAAUUAAUGUAGCUCCUGAUACAUUAACAUUGAUGCUGAUGUGUUUACGUGGUCAAACCAGCUGCAAGCGACUGAUUUGUCUCUCAACAUCUGCCAUAUUUGCUGCCACUGGUAAUCGGACGGGCACAACCAUCUAGCAGAGCGCUACUGACAACAGAGCGUGCAUUGUUGCCGCUGAAAUGAUUCACAGCCUGUUCCUGAUUAAUAACACGGGGGACAUCUUCCUGGAGAAACACUGGAAGAGUGUCAUAAGCAGGAGUGUGUGCGACUAUUUCUUCGAGGCAAAAGACAAAGCAGGUGACCCGGAGAAUGUGCCCCCCGUUCUGCAGACCCCACAUCACUACCUCAUCAGUGUUUACAGGGGAAAAAUCUUCCUCUUGUCAGUCAUCCAGUCCGAAGUGCCUCCUCUGUUUGUCAUAGAGUUUCUACACAGAGUGGCAGAUACGAUUCAGGACUACUUUGGAGAAUGCUCAGAAAAUGUGAUCAAGGAGAACUUGGUCAUUGUCUAUGAGCUGUUAGAAGAAAUGCUUGACAAUGGUUUCCCAUUGGCCACAGAGUCCAAUGUCCUCAAAGAGAUGAUCAGACCUCCAAACAUCCUUCGAUCGGUCGUCAAUACACUCACAGGAAGCAGUAAUGUUGGAGAUACACUGCCAACAGGGCAACUUUCCAAUGUCCCAUGGAGGCGCGCUGGUGUCAAAUACACUAACAACGAGGCAUAUUUUGAUGUAAUAGAGGAAAUAGACACCAUUAUCGACAAAUCAGGUACCACAGUAUUUGCUGAAAUCCAGGGUGUAAUUGAAGCAUGCGUGCGGCUCUCUGGAAUGCCCGACUUGACUUUGUCCUUUAUGAAUCCCCGUCUACUUGAUGAUGUGAGUUUCCACCCCUGUGUUCGGUUUAAGCGCUGGGAGGCGGAGCGUGUGCUUUCUUUCAUUCCACCCGAUGGAAACUUCACUCUGAUGACUUACCAUGUCAACUCACAGAAUUUAGUGGCCAUACCAGUGUAUGUGAAGCAGAACAUAAAUUUUUUCGACUCUGGAUCCUGUGGACGCCUGGACAUCACCAUUGGACCCAAACAAACUAUGGGAAAGAUGGUUGAGUGUUUAUCUGUUACUAUACCUAUGCCCAAGACUGUGCUCAGUGCCAACCUCACAGCCACACAAGGGAGCUACACUUUUGACCUUGCUACAAAGGUGCUGAUCUGGGACAUUGGAAAACUAAAUCCCCAGAAGCUUCCUAAUUUAAAGGGAAGUUUGAGCAUGCAGUCAGGGGUCCCUAAACCAGAAGAGAACCCUUCACUCAGCAUUGGGCUGAAGAUCCAGCAGCUGGCCAUAUCAGGCCUCAAAGUGAAUCGUUUGGACAUGUAUGGAGAGAAGUACAAGCCUUUCAAAGGAGUCAAGUAUGUGACCAAGGCGGGAAAAUUUCAAGUCCGGACUUGAGCCCACCUGGCAUUUAAGGUCAACAAUCCAAUGUGCCAAAAAUGGAUCUUAAAUUUUACAUAUACUGAAGAAAGUUGUUAUUGAAGAAUGCUCCAGUAUACUUUAUUUAUUGUUGUUGUAUGUUGUUUUGUGAUAUGUAAAGGGAAGCCUUAACCAGCUUAACUCUUUAAAGUAAUAAGUGCUAUUAAUUGCUAAUAGUUUCAUGUAUGACAGUGUUAGCCAAGGGAACUGUUUAAUAUGAAGAGGUACACUUGCAGUCUUAACCAAAAAAAAUAACUUGACUUCAGUGCUAGUUGACAAUCACCUUGAAAGACAUGUAGAGACCUAUUGUAACCACUUUUAUACAUACAAUAGAUAUACAUAUUUUUAUUUCUAAUGGAUUCUCUAUACAAGUCUCAAUGCAUCAUCUUUAUUCCAGGUAUUUUUGUACAGAUCUCUUAAAGGUGGCCUUUGAGAAGUUGAGAAAAUGUACCAAGGUAGACAAUCUACACUACUGGAUAAUCUUGCUUAAGAAAUAUAUUUGCCAAUGUUAUUACUCUAAUUCCAGUUUACCAAUAAGAUUUGGGACUGGCGGUGGUUGAACAGAAUAAUAAUCUGCCUCCUAGAAACAAGCACUCGCUGUAUAAUGCAAUGUCUGCUGUUGUUUGCACCAUCAGCUGUCUAUGUGAAGAAUUCUACAUUUAGUUAGUGUAAUUUUGUAUUCAGUAAUUACAGAUGCUUUCAUAAAACAUACAGAAUAAUUUUAUUUACCAUGACACAAAUAAACACGCUGUGAUAUUGUUUUA